CAGUCCAAUAAUCUCAUUUUUACAAUCUUUCCCUAUCUUCAGUCAAGUUUCCCUUUCAUUACAUCAACUCUUCCUCACAAGCAAAAUAAAGGGUUGAUCUUUCUGCCUAAUCUCAUUCUCUGCAACUUUUCCUUUUCUAGUAUCCCCCCUCUUUUUCACCUCUUCCAAACAGCUCCAUUAACUCAUUAUCAACAUUCAACAACUCCUGCACUCUGACUCCUCUUCUGUUUUAAUGCCCUUUUUUCUCUCAUGGAUUUGGUCACCAUAACAACUCCAACUGCAGUUGGUCACCAUCUCUAUCUUUCUUCCUCCUGCUGUGAUUAUGUAAAGGAUGAUUCUAGCUAGCAAGUUUCAUUCUUCCAAGAAAAAUCAUGAGUUUCAAUGGCGUCAAUCUUCAUUUCUUCACAUUGGUUCUUGUUCUUGUUCUGGUUCCUGCAUUUUCUCUCAACACAGAUGGGGUUCUCUUGCUUUCAUUCAAGUACUCGAUUCUCAGUGACCCAUUAUCAGUCCUCGAAAGCUGGAACUACGAUGAUGUGACCCCAUGUGCAUGGAAGGGAGUGACCUGCACAGAACUAGGCCAACCACGCUCGCCGGACUUGUUCAGGGUCACUAGCUUGGUCCUCCCUCGUAGCCAGCUUCUGGGUUCAAUUCCUUCAGACUUGGGCUUCAUUCAGUAUCUGAGGCAUCUUGAUCUUUCUAAUAACUUCUUAAAUGGGUCAUUGCCUAGUUCAUUUUUUAACUCCACUGAACUGCAAGUGAUUUCUCUUUCAGGCAAUGAGAUCUCCGGUGAGUUGCCUGAGUCUAUUGGUGGAAUGGUGAGUUUACAGUUGUUGAAUCUUUCUGAUAAUGCAUUGGCUGGGAAAAUACCUGAGAAUUUGACCACUCUGCAAAAUCUUACAGUUCUUUCUUUAAGAACUAAUUAUUUUUCUGGUUAUGUUCCGAGUGGUUUCAAUUCUGUCCAAGUGUUAGAUCUGUCUUCAAAUCUUCUAAAUGGGUCAUUGCCGUUUGAUUUUGGCGGGGGUAAUUUGCGUUACUUGAAUCUCUCAUAUAACAAGCUUUCAGGGCCAAUUUCACAAGAUUUUGCAGAGAAAAUCCCUCAGAAUUCAACCAUUGAUCUCUCUUUCAACAACUUCACAGGAGCAAUCCCAGAGUCUGUCUCUUUGCUUAAUCAAAAAACUGAAUCAUUCAGAGGAAAUAUGGAUCUUUGUGGGAAACCAUUGAAGAAUCUUUGCUCAAUCCCAUCAACUCUCUCUACUCCACCAAAUAUUUCAACCAUUUCACCAGCUAUUGCAGUCAUACCAAAACCACUUGAAUCAACUCCAGUAGCCAACUCGUCUUCAGGAACCCAAAACGCUACUGCACAAAACCAAACCCAAACCGGUCUAAAACCAACCACUAUAGCUGCCAUUGCGGUGGCAGAUUUAGCCGGCAUAACCAUUCUUGCUCUAGUUAUUCUUUAUGUAUACCAGCUCAAGAAGAAGAAGACUCUCAACCAAAAGAAUAACAAGAGCGAGCAAAAACUCCCAUCAGAAACCAUAAUAUCUAAACUUGAUCAGGCGUCGUCGGCGGAGCCAAGAAAAACUACUGCCUGUUCAUGCCUAACUAUUAAAGCUGAAGCAACAUCAGAAGAAGCAACAACUUCAGAUAGUGAGCACGACGGCGGCGAGGGCAGCAGCCAGCAGAAUGAAGUGAUCAAUGUGAACCAGCAUCAGCAGAAUAAAGGAGGAAAGCUGGUGAUAGUCGACGGGGAGACUGAACUGGACAUGGAAACACUACUAAAAGCAUCAGCAUACAUAUUGGGAGCUAGCGGAGCAAGUAUAGUUUACAAGGCUGUGCUCGCAGAUGGUUCUGCGUUUGCAGUGAGGAGAAUAGGAGAAAGUGGUGUGGAGAGGUUUAAAGAUUUUGAGAACCAAGUGAGGUUCAUUGCGAAGUUGAGGCAUCCAAAUUUGGUUAAAGUUCGUGGGUUUUUCUGGGGAGAUAAUGAGAAGCUUGUUAUUUAUGACUAUGUCUCCAAUGGCAGCCUUGCAAGCUCAAGCUCCAGAAAGCCAGGUUCAUCACCAUUGCAUCUACCCCUAAAGGUCCGGCUCAAUAUAGCAAGAGGAGUAGCUCGAGGACUAGCCUUCAUUCAUGACAAGAAGCACGUGCAUGGCAGCAUCAAACCCACCAACAUCCUCUUCAACUCUGACAUGGACCCCAUCAUCUCCGAUUUCGGCCUAGAUCGGCUCAUCUCCGGCAACAACAAUAACUACAAAGCUAGCAACUUCAGCCAAAAUUUUGGACUCCAAAAAUCCAACUCCACUUCACAAAACCACCCAAUCACUGCAGCCAGCCCCUCUGCAACCCCUAGUUCAUCCACAACCACCAGUACGCUGCCGUAUCAAGCGCCGGAAUCGUUAAAGAACCCAAAGCCAAAUCCUAAAUGGGAUGUCUAUUCAUUUGGUAUUAUUUUGCUUGAACUUCUCACCGGCAGAGUUGUUUCAGAUCGAGAAUUAAGCCAAUGGAGCGUGAGUUCAAUAUCAAAGGAUGAGAAUCAGGUAUUGAGAUUGGCUGAUGUGGCGAUAAGAGCUGACUUAGUGGGUAGAGAGGAUGCCAUGGUGGCAUGCUUGAAAUUAGGGUUUAGUUGUGCUUGUUUUGCACCACAAAAGAGACCCACCAUGAAAGAAGUAGUUCAAGUGUUGGAGAAGAUCCUUUAGAAUGAAAAACCUUUUCAAAACUAAUGAUAAGUUUGGGUCCCACAAAAGUGUGUGUAGUUGGAUUAAAGUGGUAAGAGUUUCUUUUUCAUCUUUUGUUGACUUGAAGAAUCAAAGGGUACACAAAGAGAACAAAGAGACCUUAAUUAGUGUGGAUAUCUUGUACGAGACUCUGCAUGCUUUAUGUCAAUUUAUCAUUAUUAUAUAAAAAAAUAGUGAUUAAAUUUA